UGUGCCACACCACAGACUGACUACACGUGUGCCUUUGACAGACUUUCAAAUUUCACAUUUUUUUACCCUGUCGUGUAUUUUUUGUCUGCUCGGGUACUUUACAUGUAUAACAGUACCAGUACCAAGGAUUGUUUUGGAUUGGAUUGGUUUUCGAUAUUCGACAUUUUGCAGCACAACAGCUUGUCUGUGUUAAGAAUUUGCCAACAACAGUGAUUUCCAUUGCGGAAUUAACGUUAGUCACAGAAUUCAGAAAAGUCAAAAGAGCAAAAUAGAUUUAGCUGGGCAAGACCAAAUGAGGCACCAUCUCCAGCACUCUCAUUCCUGUCUGUGAUCAGUCAAUAGAUAGACCCAUUGCAUUCAACAAUGCAGCACAAAGUUACAUGAGAGAGAAGGCGAGAACAGAUGAAGCACCAUCUCCAGUACUCUCACUCCUGUCUGUAAAGAGUGAUCAGCCAAUGGAUAGACCAAUUGCAUUCAACAAUGCAGCACAACAUUACAUGGGAGAGAAGGCGAGAUCAGAUGAGGCACCAUCUCCAACACUCUCACACCUGUCUGCAAAGAGUGAUCAGUCAAUGGAUAGACCCAUUGCAUUCAACAAUGCAGCACAAAGUUACAUGGGAGAGAAGGCGAGACCAGAUGAAGCACCAUCUCCAGCACUCUCACACCUUUCUAUGAAAAGUGACCAGUCAAUGGAUCAGCCAAUUGCUUUCAGCAAUAAAACACCUAGUUACACUGGGUAUGAAAAUCUAAGACCAUCUGAUGCACCAUCUCCAGCAACUUCAUACUUCUCUUUAAAAAGCAACCAAUCAUUGGAUCGACCGAUUGCAUUCAAAGACAGAACUCAGCCUUACAGCGUUAAUCGUCUGAGACCAGAUGAAGCACCAUCUCCAUCACCCUCACUCCUGUCUGUAAAGAGUGACCAAUCAAUGGAUAGACCGAUUGCAUUCAACAGUGGAGCGCAAAGUUACAUGAAGGAGAAUCUGAGACCACAUGAAGCACCAUCUCCAGCACUCUCACACCUUUCUAUGAAAAGUGAUCAGUCAAUGGAUCAGCCGAUUGCGUUCAUCAAUGAACCCCCUAGUUACAUUAGUCCAAGACCAGCUGAUGCACCAUCUCCUGCAACUUCAUACUUCUCUUUAAAAAGCAACCAAUCAUUGGAUCGACCGAUUGCAUUCAAAGACAGAACUCAGCCUUACAGUGUUAAACGUUUAAAGCCAGAUGAAGCUACAUCUCCAGCACCUUCCCUCACAUCUAUUAAAAUUGAUCAUUCAGUGGACCGACCGAUUGCAUUCAGACAGGAAGCACAGAAUUACAGGGACAGAAGCACACUUUCAGCCACUCUGCUGACAGAGGAUCACUACAAGUGCCCAGUGUGCACAGAGGUCUUUAAGGAUCCGGUUUCCAUGCCGUGUGGACACAGUUACUGCAAACACUGCAUUGAGAUCUACUGGAGCAAACCAACUCAAGCUGGAGGUUACGCUUGUCCUCAGUGCAGAAAGAGGUUCAGAAGUCGUCCUGUAUUGAGUGUAAAUGUUGCUUUGUCUAAACUGAUUGAGGAACUCCAGAAGGCAGGAUUUAGUCCUGCUCUUCCUGCUCACUGUUAUGCUGGACCUGAAGAUGUGCCCUGUGAUAUCUGUGCUGAGAUGAAGCUCAAAGCUGUUAAAUCCUGUUUGACCUGCACUGUGUCCUAUUGUGAGACCCACAUCAGACAACACUACACAGUACCAGCACUGCAGAGACACAACCUGGUGGAGGCUAUUAUGUCAAUGCCUGACAGUAAGGACAUCAAGGAGAUCAAAGAGCUUCAAGACAGAGUCAUUGAAGAGAUUUCAAAGGAUGAAAAAAAUGAAAAUUUUCAUCCAACUAAGUGCUUCUACAGUGGGUUUUCCUGUAAUGAUUUGCCUAUGGAUGUAACUGAGAUUGCGACGCUUGGACGUCCUUUGGAUCUUGGAAUGUUGUAUGACUGUCGCAAUGAUUCAUUUACUUCAGAUGGUAAUCUUUGGGAUAAACACACUGUAACAAGUAACAGAAUAUCUUGGCCCCAACUGAAAACACAUCUAAAGGUUUUGGAAGAUGACUCACUUCAGGAGAGAUGCAAAGCAUUUGAAAUGUCACCUAUGUUACGAGUAAGUGCUCUGUGUGGUCUUAUGGAGCUAAAUGGAGCUGCAGCUUUUCUGAAUCACCCAGUUCAGUCUCAACAUCAGGACAGAUUUACUCUACACUAUAAAACCACCACCAGACUGGACAUGAUCAGCCAAAGACUGUUACAGGAAGGAGCUCCUACCUCAGCCAUUAAUGCAAUCGCAGCUACACAUGUGAUCAUCGCUGUGUUCUAUGGAGCUCAAGCUUUCUUUGUUUUUGAUAAUGAGAGAUUCAGCACAGAGAGAAAUACAGAAAUGGAAAAUGUUAUCAAGAAGCUUACCACCACUCUCAGUGCAAGAGAUGUGUUCUCAAGUCUUAAUGAAACUGAAAAGGCAAACAGCAUUUUAUAUGACUGCAGUCUGUACAUUGAUGUGGGAUUUUGGAAGAGUCCAGUGUCUUUUGAUAAGGCGGUGGAGAUCUAUGGUUCUCUGCCGACACUGCUUGGAUCCAAAGGUGAGAGAGCAGUUCCUCUGAAGGUCUGGCUGUAUCCUCUGAAGAAACUGGACAAGAGCUCUGUGUGUGCUGCUCUGAGUGGAGUCAGUGAAAACUUGAUGCACCAAGCUGAGAACAUUAUAGAACAUCUGAGGAAACAGAUCAGGGUGUGUCAGGACAUGAUAACAGACUAUGAUAAUCUGACUGUGAUUACUAGGUUUCCUGCAUUGGAAGAAAAACUUCAGAACUUUUCAGAAUUUCUACAAGAGUACAUGGCAGAGUUUCAGAGAAAAGCUGCUGAGAUUAUUGAAUCCAUAAAUGUCAAGGAAGGUGACAGACAGAAGAGUUUUCAAGAACUUAUCAGUAAUUGUAAUCAGUCUCCAUUCAAUCCAGAGAACACACAUCAAUGGCUUGAAAAGAAAAAAACUGAUCUGGCGGUUUUAAAUGAGUGCAGAGCAGUGAACAUGACUAUUGUGAAAUCACGAGAGGAGCUUCAGCAUGUCACUAAUGAUCCUCGGAUGAACAAUGUAUUCUGCUUCACUAUUUCAUCAAUGGAGGCUGAAGAUUGUUUUCUCACAGCUCUGAAGCAGCACAUUAAAUUAGUGAAAAAGUGCACAUUGACCAUACAUGAUUGCAUAAAGCCAGAAGAUUCACUGCAGUCAUUAAAGCCUGUUUGUGUCAGUCAGAAAGUACUUUCCGACCUAAAAGUAUUCAUUGCUGCCAAAGAGACAAAUGAAGAUCCAAAGCAAACCAAAUUCAUUGCUGCAUUACUACCUGAUGAUAGUUUUCCAGAAUACUCUGUGCAGUUUUACUAUGCUGGGACGAUUAUGAGCAGAAAUAUGAAACUUCAGACAAAGCCAAAUCUCACCCAAAUAUCUCACAUAAAACACUGUAGCAUGUCCCUAAAAAUGAAUAAAACACAAAACAGAAGCAUUGAGGGGUAUUUGGUGGAGUACAGAGCUCUGGAUAAUGAUGGAAUGAACAGCAACACUUGGAAACGGAUCAUUUUUUAUGCCAAAUCUGUUGAGGAAACCUUCAUUAUUUCAGGACUUACAUCAGGCAAACAGUUUCAGCUGAGGUAUUUAGUUAUUGAGAAGGGCUGUAUGAGUAACUUCAGCAAGAUUAUGAACUUCCAUACAGCUCUUGCAGCAACUCCUGGACAACCCUUGGUGAAUAAACUGAACAGAAACACUCUCAGAUUUGUCUGGCUGAAGGCUGAAACUGAUAAAGAUUGUCCAGUGCUGCGGUAUAUGGUUGAGUAUAAAGAAGCAGGACUGGAGGGCUGGUCAUCAGUACUAACUCAAGGACCUCAGUGUGAAUGUACUUUAACUGUACCUCACAGCACCUGCUAUAGAGUCAGAGUCUCUGCUGUCUAUGAGGACAUCACCAGCAAACCUAGUGAGGAAACACCAGUACCGGUUGAUGUCUGGUCUAUAAACCUCUCAGUAAGAAAGAGCUCCAUCCUCCUAGAAGUGCUGAAACUCCAAACAGAGAAGAAACCAGUAGAGCUAAUAGACUGGACAUAUGAAGAGAGUGAAUUGAGGGGAUUCCUCCAGUGUCUGCCCUACAUCUCACAGCUCAGAUUUGUUGUGCCACAGAAUAAAACAGCUAAAUCAUGGGAGAAAAGAAAGAGAUUAUUCAUACUGGAUUUGUGUCUGCAAGCUGCUCUCCACCAGAAAGAGACAGUAGAAGAAACAGUGAAGAAACUGCUGUCAUCUGUAAAUUAUGAGAGAUGUGAUUUCCUGCUGGAUCUGUGUUCACAUGUGAAGGACUAUGAGACUCAAACAGGCAGGAGUGUCCUUCCAGCAUUACAGCCAAUUUAUCAGUCAGCUCCUGCAGUCUGGAUCAUAAAGCUCUCAGUAAGAAAGAGCUCCAUCCUCCUAGAAGUGCUGAAACUCCAAACAGAGAAGAAACCAGUAAAGCUGAUAAACUGGUCAGAUGAAGAGAGUGAAGUGAGGGGAUUCCUCCAGUGUCUGCCCUACAUUUCACAGCUCAAAAUUCAUGAAUAUGAUUUCAGCUUUGAGAGGAGAAAAUCCGCUGCCCAGUUUCUGCUGAAUCUAACUGUUGCAGCUUCAAAGUGUGUUACAACUACAGAAGAGAAUUUCAUUGAGCUGUUAGCAUCUGUGUGCAGCUACAGAUCAUUUCUUUGUUAUAACAAUGAUUGGCUUUAUUAUAAGUGUCAGAAUGAUCACUGUGAUUUUCUGCUGGAUUUGUGUUCACAUGUGAAGGACUAUGAGACUCAAACAGGCAGGAGUGUCCUUCCAGCAUUACAGACAAUUUAUCAGUCAUCUCCUGCAGUCUGGAGAAUAAAGCUCUCAGAGAGAAAGAGCUCCAUCCUCCUAGAAGUGCUGAAACUCCAAACAGAGAAGAAACCAGUAGAGCUGAUAGACUGGACAGAUGAAGAGAGUGAAGUGAGGGGAUUCCUCCAGUGUCUGCCCUACAUCUCACAGCUCAGAAUUCAUGAAUAUGAUUUGGAGAUGGAGAAAUCUGUCCAGUUUCUGCUGAAUCUGACUGUUGCAGCUUCAAAGUGUGUUACAACUACAGGAGAGAAUUUCAUUGAGCUGUUAGCAUCUGUGUGCAGCUACAGAUCAUUUGACUGUUAUGAUAAUGAUUGCCUUUAUGACAAGUGUCAGAAUGAACACUGUGAUUUCCUGCUGGAUCUGUACUCACAUGUGAAGGACUAUGAGACUCAAACAGGCAGAAAUGUCCUUCCAGCAUUACAGACAAUUUAUCAGUUGUCAGCUCCUGCAGUCUGGAUCAUAAAGCUCUCAGAGAGAAAGAGCUCCAUCCUCCUAGAAGUGCUGAAACUCCAAACAGAGAAGAAACCAGUAGAACUGAUAGACUGGACAGAUGAAGAGAGUGAAGUGAGGGGAUUCCUCCAGUGUCUGCCCUACAUCUCACAGCUCAGAUUUGCUGUGCCACAGAAUAAAACAGCUGAAUCAUGGGAGAAAAGAAAGAGAUUAUUUAUACUGGAUUUGUGUCUGCAAGCUGCUGUCCACCAGAAAGAGAGAAUAGAAGAAACUGUGAAGAACCUGCUAUCAUCUGUGAGUUAUGAGAGAUGUGAUUUCCUGCUGGAUCUGUGUUCACAUGUGAAGGACUAUGAGACUCAAACAGGCAGGAGUGUCUUUCCAGCAUUACAGUCAAUUUAUCAGUCAGCUCCUGCAGUCUGGAAGAUAAAGCUCUCAGAGAGAAAGAGCUCCAUCCUCCUAGAAGUGCUGAAACUCCAAACAGAGAAGAAACCAGUAGAUCUGAUAGACUGGACAGAUGAAGAGAGUGAAAUGAGGGGAUUCCUCCAGUGUCUGUCCUACAUCUCACAGCUCAGAUUUUUUGACAUUAACAUGAAGAGAGAAGCUGCUGUAAAGUUUCUGCUGAGUCUGUUUGUUUCAGCAUCAGAGUUUGAUGAAAAUACAGAAGAAAAUUACACUGAACUAUUAACAUCUGUGUGCAGCUACACAUCUUUCCCCUGUGAUUAUUAUGGUACUGAGAAUCCGACUGAUCAAUGUGAUUUCCUGCUGGAUCUGUGUUCUCAUGUGAAGGACUGUGAGACUCAAACAGGCAGGAGUGUCCUUCCAGCAUUACAGCCAAUUUAUCAGUCAGCUCCUGCAGUCUGGAGAAUAAAGAUCUCAGAGAGAAAGAGCUCCAUCCUCCUAGAAGUGCUGAAACUCCAAACAGAGAAGAAACCAGUAGAGCUGAUAGACUGGACAGAUGAAGAGAGUGAAGUGAGGGGAUUCCUCCAGUGUCUGCCCUACAUCUCACAGCUCAGAUUUUGCGACAUUAUCUACAUGAAGAGAGAAACUGCUGUAAAGUUUCUGCUGAAUCUGUUUGUUUCAGCAUCAGAGUUUGAUGCAAAUACAGAAGUAAUCUACACUGAACUAUUAACAUCUGUGUGCAGCUACACAUCUUUCCCCUAUGAUGAGAAUUAUUAUGAUGAUCCUGAUGAGUAUCAGAUUGAUCAGUGUGAUUUUCUGUUGGAUCUGUACUCACAUAUGAAGGACUAUGAGACUCAAACAGGCAGGAGUGUCCUUCCAGCAUUACAGACAAUUUAUCAGUCAUCUCCUGCAGUCUGGAUCAUAAACCUCUCAGAGAGAAAGAGCUCCAUCCUCCUAGAAGUGCUGAAACUCCAAACAGAGAAGAAACCAGUAGAUCUGAUAGACUGGACAGAUGAAGAGAGUGAAAUGAGGGGAUUCCUCCAGUGUCUGCCCUACAUCUCACAGCUCAGAUUUUUUUACAUUAACAACAUGAAGAGAGAAGCUGCUGUAAAGUUUCUGCUGAAUCUGUUUGUUUCAGCAUCAGAGUUUGAUGAAAAUACAGAAGAAAAUUACACUGAACUAUUAACAUCUGUGUGCAGCUACACAUCUUUCCCCUGUGAUUAUUAUGGUACUGAGAAUCAGACUGAUCAAUGUGAUUUCCUGCUGGAUCUGUGUUCUCAUGUGAAGGACUGUGAGACUCAAACAGGCAGGAGUGUCCUUCCAGCAUUACAGCCAAUUUAUCAGUCAGCUCCUGCAGUCUGGAGAAUAAAGAUCUCAGAGAGAAAGAGCUCCAUCCUCCUAGAAGUGCUGAAACUCCAAACAGAGAAGAAACCAUUAGAGCUGAUAGACUGGACAGAUGAGGAGAGUGAAGUGAGGGGAUUCCUCCAGUGUCUGCCCUACAUCUCACAGCUCAGAUUUUGUGGCAUUAACAACAUGAAGAGAGAAGCUGCUGUAAAGUUUCUGCUGAAUCUGUUUGUUUCAGCAUCAGAGUUUGAUGAAAAUACAGAAGAAAAUUACACUGAACUAUUAACAUCUGUGUGCAGCUACACAUCUUUCCCCCUCUCUGGAAACUAUGCUUACUAUCACUCAGAUCAAUGUGAUUUCCUGCUGGAUCUGUGUUCACAUGUGAAGGACUAUGAGACUCAAACAGGCAGGUGUGUCCUUCCAGCAUUACAGACAAUUUAUCAGUCAGUUCCUGCAGUCUGGAGAAUAAAGCUCUCAGAGAGAAAGAGCUCCAUCCUCCUAGAAGUGCUGAAACUCCAAACAGAGAAGAAACCAGUAGAGUUGAGAGACUGGACAGAUGAGGAGAGUGAAGUGAGGGGAUUCCUCCAGUGUCUGCCCUACAUCUCACAGCUCAGAUUUUGCGACAUUAUCCACAUAGAGAGAGAAGCUGCUGUAAAGUUUCUGCUGAAUCUGUUUGUUUCAGCUUCAGAGUUUGAAGAAAAUACAGAAGAAAAUCACAUUGAAAUAUUAACAUCUGUGUGCAGCUACACAUCUUUCCCCUGUGAGGAGAAUUAUGAUGAUGAUGAUACUGAGUAUCAGAUUGAUCAGUGUGAUUUCCUGCUGGAUCUGUGUUCACAUGUGAAGGACUAUGAGACUCAAACAGGCAGGAGUGUCCUUCCAGCAUUACAGACAAUUUAUCAGUCAGCUCCUGCAGUCUGGAUCAUAAACCUCUCAGAGAGAAAGAGCUCCAUCCUCCUAGAAGUGCUGAAACUCCAAACAGAGAAGAAACCAGUAGAUCUGAUAGACUGGACAGACGAAGAUAGUGAAGUGAGGGGAUUCCUCCAGUGUCUGCCCUACAUCUCACAGCUCAGAUUUUGUGACAUUAUCUACUGGAAGAGGGAAGAUGCUGUAAAGUUUCUGCUGAAUCUGUUUGUUUCAGCAUCAGAGUUUGAUGAAAAUACAGAAGAAAAUUACACUGAACUAUUAACAUCUGUGUGCAGCUACACAUCUAUCCCCCGCUGUGAAAACUUUGCUUACCAUCACUCUGAUUUCCUGCUGGAUCUGUGGUCACAUGUGAAGGACUGUGAGACUCAAACAGGCAGGAGUGUCCUUCCAGCAUUACAGCCAAUUUAUCAGUUGUCAGCUCCUGCAGUCUGGAUCAUAGAUCUCUCAGAGAGAAAGAGCUCCAUCCUCCUAGAAGUGCUGAAACUCCAAACAGAGAAGAAACCAGUAGAGCUGAUAGACUGGACAGAUGAAGAGAGUGAAGUGAGGGGAUUCCUCCAGUGUCUGCCCUACAUCUCACAGCUCAGGAAUGCUGAGCGGUUCAUCCCUUCACUAUGUAAAGUGUUUGGACCCAGAGUGAAGGUAGAUCAGGUGACUCCUCUGCUCCAGGCUUUAGACUUCACCGUCACUCUGAGUGGAAAAUUACCCAGCAGCACCUGCAGAUCUGUGGGGAGAGUUCUGGGCUGUUCCCCCUUAAAACUAAACCUGACUCUAAACACAAGCGUCAUCUCUCUCAGAGGACUCAAACUGCUCUUCAGACACAUCACACACCUGCAGAAACUGAGUCUGGAAGACAAACUGUUAGUGAAGAUGUUCAGAGCACUGAGGUCAUUGAAUGCUCCUUUUCCACUGAGCACAGAGGAGUUUUCACUGCUCACAAAAGUCUCAAAGCAAAAUCUCUCUCAUAUCCUGAGCAGCUUGACGUCUCUCCUGAGACUGUUGUCUGUUCAGUGUUUGGAUCUCACUGAGUGUAAAUCAGAGGCUCUGUCUCUCACAGCUCUGUUGGGUCUCCAGGAAACUCUGACUAUCAGGUUCUCUAAAGAGACUCUUCAGCAGCUGGUUUCACUGGUGUAUGAAGCACAGGAUGAUGAACUAACACGCUCUUUCCUGAAGAAGGUGUCUAAAGAUCUGACUUCCUGCUCACUGACCUGGGAAUUGAUUCAUUACCUGCUGCAACACCAAGCUCUGAAUCUGAAGUUGGACUUUAGAAAGAGCAGAAUCCUCUGUGAAAACAUCAGAGAACUUCUGCUGGUGUUAGACAGAAUCCAGCUGAAAAGGUUGAGCCCCAGCUUUACUCUGUCCAUCAUUAUGGAGAUUUAUGAGACUCGUUUUCCUCAGUAUGUGUCCAGUCUGAUGAGUUCAGCAGGAAAUGACAUCAACCUGAACGGCAGAGUGUUGGACUCUGUUCACUGCGCUGCCCUGCGCUUCACUCUAGAGCACUGCAACACUAUCAAACUCAAUCUGCUCUGGACCUCCAUACCAGAGGAGGAGCUGGAGAGCUUUCUGCCUUUGCUUAACAAAGUCAAACUACUCAGUGUUGACAGGCGGCUGCUGCUGAAGCUGCUUCAUUGCUGCAGUUCCUCUGAUCUCCAGCAGGAGGCAGCAGCUGCUCUGCUCUCUGCUCUUCACAACAGACUAGACUUCUCCUGCUGCUCUGCUCUGGAUUUAACAGACACACAGAAAAAUCAAGAACAUUUGAAACUUACAAAUAAAGACUGUAGAAUAAUCUCAUCUGUGCUUCAGAAAACCCAGAGGGUUGUGAAGUUGAUUUUACAGGACUGUGAGAUCUCUGAUACGGCCCUGAAACAACUUUGGCCAAUCCUGCCUCAAGUCCAGCUGAGCUGUAGUAAAGCUCUGCUGCUGCAGUUUCUGGCUUGUAUUAGUAAAGGUGGAUCUCAGAAAGGCUCUUUGAGGAUGGCUGAGGCUCUUUCACAGGCUUUGGGAGGAGAGAUGGACCUCAGUCACACUCAGAUGGACCAGAGCGCUUGUGAACAGCUGGCGCUGUUUCUGGAAUAUUCUGAAGGGCUGAAAGAACUGGAUCUCAGUCACUGUAAACUCACUGACGACUGCAUGAAGCCGCUGCUGCCGCAUCUGCACAAAACUCAGACUUUGGACCUGAGUCACAAUAAUGUCACAGAUGAAUCAGCAGAGAGAAUCCACAGUGUCGUCUCCGCUCACAGCAAUAUUCAGACUGUACGACUGUUCGGAAACAAAGUCAGAGACAGAAAGAAGUUCAUUGGAGACAAGCGAUUUGAAAUAUGGUGAUUUGUAAUAAGAUCCUGGACUGUAACCUUAUGAUUCAUCAUUAAGAAGUUGUAAAUGGCUUAAUUCAUGAUAAAACAAACUGACAAUCACUUUGCAAAACACUAAACAUCUGGUAGUUUAUUUUUAUGAUUAUUUUUAAAGGAGUUUCUUCGUGUUUUUAAUGUAAUCUGGUUCAUCUGAAGCAGAAUGAUUUUGUUGAAAUGUUUCAAAUAUUGCAACAUUGUGGUAAUGUAUAUAUUACCUUAAUAUACAUAUUAGGCUACAAAGAUUUUUUUUAUUUUAUUUUUUUAUGUAGUACUGGGUGUUUAUCUGUCUGAACUGGUGAGUCGCUCUCUGCUCACAUCAAGUUCAAGAGACUGAGGUCUCGUCUCCGUGUUCUAGCCUGUAUUUUCUCUUUUGUCUUCCACAUGUAUUCUUAUACAAGAGUCUGCUAUAUGAAUAAAUGUAAAUGUGAUGUAAAUGAACUCCAAUCUCCAAUCCAGUCUGUUUUAAUACACUUAUUUGAGCUGUACGGAAGUUGUGAGUUUGCAGUAAAAUGUAUAGUUAGACCCAAUCUGAGCAAAAAUGUUGUACUUAAUUGUACAUUUGUUUUAUCAUAUCUUUAUCUUGAUAUCACUACAUGUAUAUUUGUUCAUUAUUAUUCAAUGUUCAUUUACUUAAUACUUUUAACCUUGUUACUCUUUAAUCUAAUCUUGUGUUGUCUUCAUAAAUAAAGAUAAGACGAGGUCUCCAUUUUAA